CCGUUUUCACGUGAACAGAUCUUAAUACUAGAUUGAUGGAGGAGUACAAAGUUGUCAUGAUUGACAAAUAAAGUUGUCAUCCUCGCUUCAUUAAACUUGUCACAAAUUACCGUUCGUAGUUGCCAUAUGUUCAUGCUACACGUAUGACACCUAUCAGUUAUCAGGAUCCAAAUAUAAGCACGCGGAUCGCGCUCCCCCUGUACCUCGUCUUCUUGUAUAUAGGUCACGCUCUUUGCUCCUGAAAGAACACCGUAUACUAUACGUGACAGCGCAGCACACAUUUCCCUCUUGCUUCCUGCACUACCACUUGGGCAGUGGUGGAGCGCCGCAGAGCUCGUAUCAAGCAGCCGAGGUGGUGGUGAUCAGUCGCUCUGCUGCAGGCUUGGCGGGCAUGGCGACGGCCGCUGCGAGCGUGAUCGCGCCGAUGAUGCUGCAGGGGCGGGUGGCGAUCGUGACGGGCGGCGCCGGCGGCAUCGGCUCGGCCGUGUCGAGGCACCUGGCGUCCCUCGGCGCGCGCGUGGCCGUCGCCUACGUCGGGGACCCGGCGCCCGCGCGGGAGCUCGUGGCCUCCAUCAACGCCGCCGCGCACGGCGGCGACCGUGACGCGCGCGCCGUGGCGGUGGAGGCGGACGUGUCGGACGCGGCGCAGGUGCGGGCGCUGUUCGACGCGGCGGCGGCGGCGUUCGGCGGGGAGCUGCACGUGCUGGUGACGGCGGCGGCGGUGAUGGACACCUCCUACCCGCCGCUGGCCGACACCAGCGAGGCGACCUACGACGCGGCCUUCGGCACCAACGCGCGGGGCACCUUCCUGUGCCUCCGCGAGGCGGCGCGCCGGCUGGCCCGCGACGGGCGCGGGCGGAUCGUCACCUUCUCGUCGUCCGGGGUCGGGUCGCUGCGGCCGGGAUACGCGGCGUACGCGGCCAGCAAGGCGGCCGUGGAGACCAUGACGAGGAUCCUGGCGCGGGAGCUGCGGGGCACGGGGAUCACCGCCAACGCCGUGGCGCCCGGGUCGACGGCCACGCCCAUGUUCUACGGCGGCAAGACGGCGGAGGAGGCCGAGCGGUACAUCGCGGAGGCGCCGCUGGGGAGGCUGGGGAUGCCGGAGGACAUCGCGCCGCUCGUGGGGUUCCUCGCCAGCGACGCCGGCGGGUGGGUCAACGCCCAGGUCCUGCGCUGCAAUGGCGGCACCGUCUGACAUGCGUGCCUGGUUUAAGAAGAUGGAACUUGUUGCUGAUUCGUUGGCUUCGUAGCAGCACUCCUUUUUCUCUCCUUGUUGGAACUGUGUAUGUGUGUAUUUUGGUGCGUUAUCCGUGCUGUACUGCUGUUGCGGUAGAGUUUGUUGUGGAAUUAUGGUUGCUGCCAUGACUCACGAGUUAAGCAUUCCUCUUUCUAUCA